CUGGCCUCGGGCUCGAACACCUCCACGACACAACAGCCACAGUUCAUCAUCAAGGCGCCAACGUUAGGCUCAACACACGCAGUCAAACGCUCAACACACGCAGUCAAAGGCUCAACACAUGCAGUCAAACGCUCAACACACGCAGUCAAAGGCUCAACACAUGCAGUCAAACACUCAACACAUGCAGUCAAACACUCAACACAUGCAGUCAAACACUCAACACAUGCAGUCAAACGCUCAACACAUGCAGUCAAACGCUCAACACAUGCAGUCAAACACUCAACACAUGCAGUCAAACGCUCAACACAUGCAGUCAAACGCUCAACACAUGCAGUCAAACACUCAACACAUGCAGUCAAACACUCAACACAUGCAGUCAAACACUCAACACAUGCAGUCAAACACUCAACACAUGCAAUCCAUCCUUCCAUCCAUUACUCUAUCCAUCCUUCCAUCCAUUACUCUAUCCAUCCCUUCAUCCAUUACUCUAUCCAUCCUUUCAUCCAUUACUCUAUCCAUCCCUUCAUCCAUUACUCUACCCAUCCCUUCAUCCAUUACUCUAUCCAUCCUUCCAUCCAUUACUCUAUCCAUCCCUUCAUCCAUUACUCUAUUUACUCUGUCCAUCUUUUCAUCCAUUACUCUAUCCAUCCUUUCAUCCAUUACUCUAUC